UUCUGACUCCCACUUCCGGACAGGAUCCGGCAUGUUGAUUGAAAACCACUGCGAAACCGCCCAACGUCCUUCCGUACGAUGCCAAAUCACCUCUCCUGAAGACUCCGCAUCACCCAGACGCACAAUAGAAAGCUUGUUGGAAGCCCCUGAUCGCCCCAAUCCAGUCCCGCUCUCUGCUGCCUCCGAUCAUCAUAGCCGUCUGGGUCCUGAGAUUGGUGGUAGAAAAGGGGGCUUCCACCAUGCUUGCACAGGCAAGUAUUCUUCUGAUUGUAGUUCUUCUCUGCGUGACGAUUUUUCCUCCACCCAGGACCCAGGACCUCCACCUUCGUUGCCUCAUGCUGCUCAAAAUUCCAGCACCUCACCCGGUGGUGAUUUCCAUCGAGAUUCGCAUUCCUCUCUGCUGGUCCACAACGCAAGUCAACAAGCUUCCAUUGGAUCUCCAGGACGCCCCAUGAAAAGCAUUUUGGGAGAAUUUCCCGGUUGCUCUAGUUCAGUCGCGCCUGUUGCAGCCAACGUUCUUCGAAGUCGUCCUGGCCCUGAACUUAGAUGUAGAUCGCGGAGCUCCCAACCUGCUAUUGCAGGCAAGUACUCUUACAUCCCUGAACCUUCACCGCCUGAUGCCGUUCAAACUUCUAGAGCCCCGUUUGUGGAUUCCAACCUCGUUUGCGUUGACGAAGUGCUGAUAUAUUAUCAGAACGCCGGUGGGAUGAACUGUGAUGUCGAACAAUAUCUUCUUGCCACGUCCGAUGAUUGCUACGAUGUGAUUGUGUUGGCUGAAACCUGGCUCGACUCCCGUACCCUAUCUAGUCAGGUCUUUGGGCCUGAAUACGAAGUUUUUCGCUGCGACCGUGGCCCCAUGAACAGUCGCAAAUCAACUGGAGGAGGCGUCCUAAUCGCAGUGAAUAAAAAACGGAAAGCAAGAGUUAUUUACAACGACUUAUGGGGAUGUGUCGAGCAAGUAUGGGUGCGCCUCCAGCUUUCCCAUCGUUCGGUGUUCCUGUGUGCACUAUACAUACCUCCUGAUCGUGUUCGCGAUGAUACACUGAUCGAAGCUCACACACAAUCAGUCUUGUCAGUGAUAGAAAUGACUAAUGCUUCGGACGAAAUCAUCAUUAUCGGUGAUUUCAAUCUGCCAGGAAUUUCGUGGAGUUCCUCCUGCAACGGGUUCCUUCACAUAGAUAUGGAACGAUCUUCAUUACACAGUCACGCCUCCAAACUUCUCGAUUACUACAGCACAGCCACGUUACGUCAAAUCAAUCACGUUACCAACGAAAAUAAUCGCAGCUUGGAUCUGUGUUUUGUUAGCGCUCAGGAAGCUGCUCCGCUAAUUUUGCAUGCUCCAUCACCGUUAGUUAAAGUAGUUAACCAUCAUCCUUCGUUGAUACUCAAGCUGAACAACACGCGAGCCAAUGUUGUUGCAUCGAUCGAGCCCAUAAUCUACAAUUUCCAUAACGCCGAUCAUCAUAGCAUUGCUGAGUUCUUCGCUACAUUGGACUGGGUUGACAUUCUUGGCGGUUGUGAUGCAGAGAAUGCGGCAUUGACUUUAUCGCAUAUUAUUGGACACGUGAUUGAAAGACAUGUUCCUAAGAAAAUCGUCGCUCCUUAUAGUUGUCCUUGGCAGACCCGUCAGCUUCGUAGAAUGAAAACUGCUAAAAGAGCUGCUCUCAAGCGCUAUUCCAAACACGGUCCGGAUGGCAUUCCGUCUGCGUUCUUGAAAAGGCACAUCGAACUUCUGCUCGCUCCCUUUCAAUUGAUUUUCAACAAAUCGCUAUCCAGUGGACUUUUUCCGUCCGUGUGGAAAACCGCUACAAUGUUUCCCGUGUACAAGAAGGGUGAUCGAAAAGAUGUCAACAAUUAUCGCGGCAUCUCAUCCUUGUGCGCUGCAUCCAAAUUAUUCGAGCUAGUUAUAACAGAACCACUCAUAUCUCACUGUAAGCAACAUCUGAGUGCCGAUCAACAUGGGUUCAUCUCAGGCAGAUCUACGACCACUAAUCUUUUGUGCCUAACUUCGAGCAUUACCGACAGCUUUGUGCAGAAAGCACAAACGGACGUUGUAUAUACACACUUAAAUCGAGAAUUUCAGCUCGGUAAUAUUGUUUACUGGUUUUGUUCGGUAAAAGCAAAUUCAAACCGAGAGCUCAGCUAA